AUGUCUUCUGAAGAUGCGUCUAAUGAAACCGAAGAAGAAGACUCGUCGGACAGCGACGAUGAAUGCCAAGCGAACAGCAACACUCAACCGUCAACCAUCAAACCCACAACGAUACCGCAAGCUCUUAGAGUCCCAGAGAAAAAGGUCCUACCCGGUGCAUCAAUAGCUCCACCGCAAAACCCAGCAUGGUACACUAAAAGAAUACUCGAGGAGGAGAGGCCGGAUCUGGCCGGCAAAGAAGGAAGGCUCGACAUGGAAAGCACCGAGUUGGAUCUUCUCGACAGACAUGUACGAGAUCGUGCCGAGCUUCAAAUAGAAGACCUCAUAGUAAAUGACGAUAAUUAUGACGAAGAUGAUCGGCGCUUUGUUCGGUACGAAAUUCAGUUGAAGUACAACGAAGGCCGAUAUUCAGCCAUUUAUAUCGUCUCGAAACAAAUUUGCAGAGACAAUAACAUUAAAGACGCUAGUGGUCUGUUUGCUCUAAAGACGGGGCUCCGCAACGGCAGUUCCACGUUCAACAUCAAAAUGAAGAGGGAGUUAAGGAUUCUUGCCGAGAUGUCCAAGGCAAAAGCGUCUUGGGUGCCUACGUAUUUUGAUAGCGGUAGCGUUUGUGACAUGCCUUUCAUCGUCAUGGGUCUUCUUGACAUGAACAUUGAUAAGUUGCGAGAGAUGCUCGGAGGGAAAUUCAAGCCAGCAUCUGCGUUCUACAUAGCAGGUGAAGUGCUGAAUGCACUGAUG